AGAAGAAACACCGUUUAAAAUGGCGACAAGGAAACGAAGUAUUGUAUGGUCCUUUUUUAAAGAGGAGGAUAGUAAGAAGGUAGUAUGUUUGAUUUGCACAAGGACUAUCCAUCAUUUUGGAAAAACCACUAACAUGCUUCGACAUUUACGAUCGGAACACCCUGGCGAGUUCUCCGAUUUCAACUUCGAGAGCAUUGUAACAGGACUGACUGCUAAAACAGCAAGCAAUACAAAAAACAACCUUUCCAACGGGUUGGUAGAGGUAGCUGUGAUGCUGGGAAAACCAGAGAGCGCUCCACAAUUGAAUGGUAUAGAAGACAUGGAGGUACAUGGUGUGAUCGAGGGCAUUUUAUGUGCUUCAGCAGGACAGGGGCCUAGCAGUGAUCAGAACAGUGAGUUGGACAACGCGGACGAAGUUACAGGGGCCACUCCUUCCAGAAAGAGGAGUGCAGUAUGGAUGCACUACCAGAAGGUCGACGAUGAGAAGAAAGCCUUAUGCCUGCUGUGUAAAGAGAAGAUUCAACAUCAGAGCAGCACCAGCAACUUACUGCGUCAUCUACGGAAGAAACAUCCCUCUCAUUUUUCCCAGCUAGAAAUGAGCUGUCUCCAACAUGCUGGUGGACAAAAGAUCUACCACAUGAAUACACCUCAGGCAUCCACAGAUUUUAUUGCGAACUGUCACACAGAUUCCCAUCAAAGCAACCACACAGGAACAGCGGUCAGCUCCGCUGUCCGCAGACCUAAUCACCAAUUAAAUGCAGAAGCUGUGAUGCUGGGAAGUCCAGAGAGCGCUUCACAAGAGAAUGGAAUAGAAGACAUGGAAGUGCACGGGGCAAUACAGGGGAUUUUACGCGCUGCAGCUGGACAGGGGCCUAACGGUGAUCAGAACAGUAACACCGCUGAUGUUGAAGGAGUUACAGUGGCCACAACUUCCAGAAAAUGUAGCGCAGUGUGGACGCACUACCAGAAGAUUGACGACGAGAAGAGAGCCUUGUGCUUGUUGUGUAAGAAGAAGAUUCAACAUCAUAGCAGCACAAGCAACCUUUUGCGUCAUCUACAGAAGAAACAUCCCUCUCAUUUUUCCCAGCUGGAGGUGCACUCUCUCAAACACACUGGAGGGCGAAAGACACAAACCGAUAUACAAAGAAGCAGCCACACAAAUGCACCGAGCCUAGCUGUCAGUAGUCCUAAUUGCCAAGAUCAGCACCUGCAAUCAACUUGCCACAGCAGUAGCUCUUGCCCAGGAUUGAGUGAGAGCCGUGUACUGCAGCGUGAACGAGAGCUAACAGAGGCUCUAAGACGAGUCCAGCGUGAGGAGGGACAAUGCCUGCAACAACAGAGAGAGUUACUGGAGAAGAGCCGCGAGCUCCAAGCAGAGACACAUGCCCUUCAAACAGAAAGAUAUGCACUCCAGGAAGAGGCCAAAGUGCUGCAAAAGGAAAAAGAGGAGAUCCAAGCAGAGCGUGAAAAGCUACAGAAUGAGCGAAAGGAGGUGGAACGGCUGAAACAAGAAUUGAAGGAAGAACAGGCCAUGUUGUUGGGCCAGAGACCUGAGGCCAACUUGAUGUGUGAUUUAUGACUACUCUCUUCUAUGGGUUGUUGCCUUUGGAUGUGGUUUUUAAAUAAAUUAACAAUUGUGAAAA